AUGCGCUUCUCACAAUGUCUCCUUACCAUUACCUAUCUCGCCUCCACUGUCACUGCUUUUGUUCCCUAUUCGUUUCACCUCGAGGCCUCAACCGAUGACUCUGCCGCCAAUGAUGUCGCUCGCCGUUUCGUCCCAUGGACGUUACUUGCGGAUGAUCCAGGCGAUGAACCCGAAUCCAUCACACUGGAUAUCAAGAAGAUGCCGGUUCGUCGUGAUAAUAAAUACAGAAUCGUCAUCGCAGACACGCCUACAACACCGAAUACUGCCGCUCUCAGUCAAGAUGGCAUGGAUUACUCCUACUUCUGUGCAGUCGACGUGGGCUCGCAACGUCAGCGAAUGUGGAUGCUUCUGGAUACAGGAGGACCUAACACAUGGGUCUUUUCAUCGGAGUGCGAGACUGAAACUUGCACAAACCAUACCAGGUUCGAGCAGCCUGCUUCCAAAACAUUGAAACCAGAACCAUACGCAUGGGCUAUUGGCUACGGGAAAGGACAAGUUAGCGGUGUUCUCGGGAACGACACACUCUCGAUUUCUGGCAUGGAUAUUUCGGUGACGCUUGGGCUGGCGAAGAAUGCCUCAAGUCACUUUGACACGUAUCCCGCCGAUGGUAUACUGGGUUUAGGAUGGUCAAACAACAGCAAUUUUGACCGACCAUCGUUCAUGGAGAUCGUCAAGAAGCAAGGCUUGCUCAAGUCGAACACACUUGCAUUCAGCUUCUCUCGAAAUUCCGAUGGAGCCAAGGAUGGAACCGUGAAUUUCGGGACUGUGGACACAGCAAAGUUCACCGGGGAGAUCACCUACACUGAUAUCGUCCCAAAGAGUAAGCGGUGGAACAUUCCCUUGGACGAUGCUAGUGUGAAUGGUGUACCAUGCGGAUUCACCAACAAAUCUGCCUUCAUUGACACCGGAACCUCUUACGCGAUGCUUCCCCCCAAGGAUGCCAUAAAGUUGCACAACCUCAUUCCGGGUGCCACCACCUCAACAGCCGGAGACAAUUUCACGCUACCGUGCAACUCGACGGCAGUGGUACAGUUCAACUUCUCUGGCCUCAGUUACAGCAUCUCGCCCAAGGAUUACGUCGGGCCCCGGAAAGGGUCCUCCUGCCUUUCCACCAUAGUAGGGCAAGCGUUAGAUGGCGACGACAUGUGGCUCUUGGGUGAUGUGUUCUUGAAGAACGUUUAUACUGUAUUCGACUACGACCACGACCGCAUCGGCUUCGCGAACCGUUCUGUUCCCAUUGUUUCUACUACGACAACUGCAGUUCCAAGUGCGACUGGCACUGGCGAAGCUAGUUCGAGUUCGGCGGAUCCUGUAAUAGUCCAUAAGGGGAGCGCAACGUCUACUCUUGUGUUGAGAUCCCUCUAUUUGCCAGCCUUGUCGGUCAUUCUUUGCAUAUUUUUGCUGUAG